UAACAAAAUGCAGAGUCGCUGUACCCAAAACCCUAGCCCCACAUCUUCUCUCCCGAGCUCACAACAAUGGCCGCUUCAUCACGCCCUCUGGUCUCCAUCCAAACCCUAGAGUCCGACAUGGCCACCGACUCAUCCACCACCUCUCUCCCCUUGCCCGACGUCAUGAAAUCCUCCAUCCGACCCGACUUGGUCUCCUUCAUCCACUCCGAAAUGUCCAACAACUCCCGCCAGCCCUACGCCGUCUCCCGAAAGGCCGGCCACCAGACCUCCGCCGAGUCCUGGGGGACCGGUCGGGCCGUUUCGCGUAUCCCUCGUGUUCCUGGUGGCGGGACCCACCGCGCGGGGCAGGGUGCUUUUGGAAACAUGUGUCGGGGCGGGCGGAUGUUUGCCCCGACCCGAAUCUGGAGGAAGUGGCAUAGCAGGAUUAAUAUUAAUCAGAAGAGGUUUGCUGUGGCGUCGGCGAUUGCUGCUAGUUCUGUUCCGGCUUUGGUGAUGGCUCGUGGGCAUAGAAUUGAUACGGUUCCAGAGCUUCCGCUUGUGGUUUCGGACUCUGUGGAGGGGGUGGAGAAGACGUCGAAUGCGAUCAAGGUGUUGAAGGAGGUUGGGGCGUAUCAGGAUGCUGAGAAGGCGAAGGAUAGUAUGGGAAUUAGGCCUGGAAAGGGGAAAAUGAGGAACAGGAGGUACAUUUCGAGGAAAGGACCUUUGAUCGUUUACGGGACUGAAGGAGCUAAGCUGGUGAAGUCGUUUAGGAACAUUCCUGGUGUCGAGAUUGCUAAUGUGGAGCGUUUGAAUCUUUUGAAACUUGCACCUGGUGGUCAUUUGGGGAGGUUUGUGAUAUGGACUAAGAGUGCUUUUGAGAAAUUGGAUUCGAUCUACGGGAGCUUUGAUAAGCCUUCUGAGAAGAAGAGUGGAUAUGUUUUGCCUAGGUCUAAGAUGGUCAAUGCUGAUUUGGCUAGGAUUAUCAAUUCUGAUGAGAUUCAGAGUGUGGUGAGGCCAAUUAAGAAGGAGAUUAAGAGGCCUCCUUUGAAGAAGAAUCCAUUGAAGAAUUUGAAUACUAUGUUGAGGUUGAACCCAUAUGCUAAGACUGCUAGGAGGAUGUCGCUUUUGGCUGAGGCACAGCGUGUUAAGUCUAAGAAGGAGAAGCUUGAUCAGAAGAGGAAGCCGCUGUCUAAGGAGGAAGCUACAAAGAUUAAGGCUGCUGGUAAGGGUUGGUACAAGACUAUGAUAUCUGAUAGUGACUACACUGAAUUUGAUAACUUCGGCAAGUGGCUCGGUGUUUCACAGUGAUUGUGUAACAUUGUGAACCAGUUUAGCUUGUCAUUUUCUCUGUGUUAGGAUUAUAUUUCUAUGCUUUUCUAAAGACAUGAAAGAGAUUUUGUGGGAUGAGAAGAUUUCGGCAUUACUUUUGCUGUUCUUUGCCUUGCUUCUGUAUUCUGGUGUUUAUGUGAUUUUAUUUGUUUAAGAGAUUUUGGUCUGAACAUGCUAUAUAAUCAAGUGAAGUUGGUCUCUCUGA